GCCCUCUACAGUAAAAUGGUCCUCAGAGGAAGAUGUCAUUUCCGGUGAAGCUGCGUGAUUAUUUCCGGUUUUAGAGCAACAUGGCAGCGCCCUUAGGUCUGCACCUGGAGUUCGGAGGAGGAGCUGAACUUCUCUUUGAUGGGGUCAAGAAUCAUCAUGUGACCCUCCCUGGCCAAUCAGAUCCCUCUCACAUCACUUACAUGAGCUCUUCUUUGCUUUAUUUUUUUUACACACACAGUAGACCUGGGAUUCUCGUAUUGAUCAACGACGCAGACUGGGAACUGAUGGGUGAACUGGAGUACCAGCUUCAGGACCAGGAUAAUGUUGUCUUUAUCUCCACCCUUCAUGGAGGCUAACGGACUCUAAAUCAGCACCACACACGUUACAGGAGCCCCUCCACCCUCCAAAAGUUCAAAAAUCAGAUGAUCCAUCAACAGCAGCAUCAGUGGCCGAUUUCAAUCCCAGCCGUGGGUUUCUCGGCCAAUCCCGUGAAAAGACUUAUUUUGGUCUCAAUUAUUUAAGUCUAAUAAAACGUAACGUUGUUGGGAAUCUGGCUGUGGAGGGGCGGUUCACUGUCCCCUACACCUUACAGGAGCGUGGCGGGGUAAGGAUGGGGAGCAAGGGCUCAUUAGGAAGGUCACUCUGUCUAGCCAGUGUCCAGAUGGAUUCUCCUGAGACGUGGUGGACCGAUUGCCCCAUGUCAAAUGGCUCAGUUAUAAUUUUCAUUGUUCAAUGCCUUUAGAGCUGUCAAUUGUAUGUUUUCUUUGUAACUCCUUUUUUUUUCUUUUUUUUUAUCUGAAUGCGUAAAUAUUGUCAAGAUAUUGUUUUAUUUGCGAUUGUAUGUGUACUGCAGAAAUGCAAAUCCAAAUUUUCUCUGUAAGCAUUUAAAUAAAUGUAUAUCUGCAAUACAA